AUGUGGGAAAAGCCUGAGAAGGUGAGAGGACAAAGAGAAUGCAGCCCAUUCAAAUGCGUCGGCUGUAAGAAAGGAAUAUCACCAACCGAUAUGGUAUAUAAAUUCAAGUCAGAUAUUUUUUAUCAUGUUAAUUGUCAUCGAUGUUAUCAGUGUGAGAAAGUCUUAUCACCUGGCGAACAAAUUUUAGUGGAUGAAACAAGUAAGACAGUCGCUUGUCUUGUGCAUAAUACAUCAACAAAAAGUAUGCUUUUGAUAGAACUUGAUUCUCCUUUGUCAUUAAGCCAGUUUUCUUUGGAUAGCUAUGGAUAUGAUUAUGCCGAUGGGAAAUACUUGAAACGACGUGGUCCGAGGACAACUAUUAAACAAAGUCAGCUCGAUAUACUCAAUCAAAUCUUUAUGUCAACGCCAAAACCCUCGAAGCACGCUCGAGCAAAGCUUGCACUUGAAACGGGACUUAGUAUGCGAGUCAUACAGGUUUGGUUUCAAAAUCGUCGCAGCAAAGAACGACGUCUCAAACAUCUUUGCAACUAUUUGCGGCAUUAUGAGCAGCGUGGCCUUAUACCGCCACCAUUUAGUUUAGACCAAAAUGUGUCAAGAUUUUUUAACAGUAGUGUAUCAUCGACGACGAGCAUUACUAUCAAACAACUACUCGCAUUCCCCUUUGAUGAAACUAAUGAUGGAGAUGAAGAAGAUGGUGAUUAUAUUAUGUAA